AUGCCUGCAGGUGUGAAGGAGGACUCGUUCAACGUGCUGGACCUGGCAGAGUACACCAAGAACCGUCCCUGGUGGCGCAAGGUCUUCUCCUCCAGCUCAGGGUCGAGUGCUGAGAAAUACAAUGUGGCCACGCAGCUGGUGAUUGGAGGGGUCACGGGAUGGUGUACUGGAUUCAUCUUCCAGAAAGUUGGAAAGCUGGCAGCGACAGCAGUGGGAGGUGGCUUUUUCCUACUUCAGAUUGCAAACCACACAGGAUACAUCAAAGUGGACUGGAAGCUAGUAGAACGGGACAUGAACAAAGCCAAGCAGCAGCUGAAACUUCACAGCAGUGGUAACAAAAUGUCUCCAGAAGUGAAAAGCAGAGUGGAUGAGGUGAUCAUAUUUCUGAAGAAGAAUGUUAUCCUGACUGGAGGGUUUGCUGGAGGAUUCCUGCUUGGAAUGGCAUCCUAGAAACUGCGCUUGACUCUCCCUUCAUGCCCAGCCUCCCUUGCCCUCCUCUGCUGCUGUUCUCUCUCACUUAGAGGGCAAAGGAUGUUGCCGGCAGGCUCAGUUCCUUCUGCUCACAGGUUCCAGCCCUUAUUUCUCACAACGCUGCUUCUGAUUUCCAACUUUUCCUCCUUCUGGGCUGUUAGGGUGCUGGGAUCAGUCUGAAAGCUUAUGACUCCUGGUGUAUCAUUGUGAUUCCUUUUCCCACCAAAUAAACCCAAGUCCCAAAUUUUCUGAUGAGUUGCAGCCUCAUAAACAUGUAGUGGCAGAGAAAUCUCUUAAAUGCGCUUCUCAGGUGCUCAGGGCUGUUACAUGUACAUUUGUCUGCCACUAUAUGUGU